AUGGCUCCGGGGCUCACAAAGUUUGAGAUCAUUCCCUUCAAAGUCGCCGCUUAUAAUAAAGCGGAGAAACGGAUGGAGUUAUUCGACGAGAAGCGCAAACAGGACUUUGAAUUCAUCUCUGGCACCAAAAUGAGAGGCUUUGCCAGAGAGGGUGUGUCCCCUCCCGACGGCUUUAUGGCACCCAAAGCCUGGAAAGUGCUCUCAGAUUUUUAUCAGAAAAAAUGA